AUCAUCAUCAUCAUCGUCGUCGUCGUCAUCUCCUCCUCGUCGGAUCAUCAAAGCUCACAUUUUUUCGCAUACCUCCAUCACUCCACCCAACUAGAUUUUUUCUUCCUCCAUCUCUCUCUCUCUCUCUCCCUCCCCUCUUGUCCCUCCCUGACCGUCUCUCUCCCUCUCUCCUUACCCAAAACCCCUCUAGCCUUGUUCUUCAUCUUCAAUUCCUCCCCCUGCUCUCCCUCAAUUGACCACUCCGCGCAUUCUUCGUCUUCCUCUCCCUCGGUCAGCCCUGAUGGGUUGAGGAGACCAGCUGCGGCGGUGCUUCCUAUUGCGGUUCUGGUGGAAAAUGGAGUGGGACAGCGGCAGCUCGGAUCUGAGCGCCGACGAGGAGGAGGAGCUAGGGUUCAUGCUCAACGAUGGCGGGCCCCUCCCCUUCCCCGUCGAGGAUUUGCUCCACACCGCCCCUUGCGGCUUCGUCGUAUCUGACGCCCUCGAGCCCGACCACCCCAUCAUUUACGUCAACACCGUCUUCGAGAUGGUCACCGGCUACCGUGCCGAGGAUGUCCUCGGUCGCAACUGCCGUUUUCUCCAGUGUAGAGGCCCAUUUGCUAAGAGAAGGCAUCCAUCAGUGGACUCUGCAGUAGUAACAGAAAUAAGGAGAUGCCUUGAGGAAGGUAUAGAGUUUCAAGGUGAGCUACUGAACUUCAGGAAGGAUGGGUCUCCACUGAUGAACCGACUUCGGUUAACUCCCAUUUAUGGGGAUGACGAUGUAAUCACUCAUGUUAUUGGAAUUCAGUUCUUCACGGAAGCCAACAUUGAUCUCGGAAUAGUUCCCGGAUCUUCAAUUAAGGAGUUCACAAAGUCGGAUGACCUUAUUCGAUCAGGACUAUCUUCUUUCAGAGCUGUGCCAGUGGGGGAUCGAAAUGUUACUCGUGGUCUCUGUGGGAUAUUUCAGCUAAGUGAUGAGGUUAUCGCUCUGAAAAUUCUAUCGAGACUGACUCCAAGAGAUAUUGCAGCCAUUGGUUCUGUGUGUAGGAGACUCUAUGAGCUGACACAGAAUGAGGAUCUCUGGAGAAUGGUAUGUCAGAAUGCAUGGGGAAGUGAGACAACCAGUGUUUUAGAGACAGUUCCUGGGGCAAAGAGGCUUGGAUGGGGACGAUUGGCAAGAGAGCUCACUACCCUGGAGGCAGCUGCUUGGAGAAAAGUGACUGUUGGAGGAGCUGUGGAACCUUCUCGUUGCAACUUCAGUGCCUGUGCAGUCGGUAACAGGGUGGUACUUUUUGGUGGAGAAGGGGUGAAUAUGCAACCAAUGAAUGAUACUUUUAUUCUCGACCUUAAUUCGAGCAAUCCCGAGUGGCAGCAUGUCCAGGUCAGCUCCCCACCGCCUGGGCGGUGGGGCCACACCUUGUCAUGCGUGAAUGGAUCCCACUUGGUGGUCUUCGGGGGCUGCGGGAGGCAGGGUUUGCUCAAUGAUGUGUUUGUGCUGGACUUGGACGCGAGCCCUCCGACCUGGCGGGAGGUCUCGGGGCUAGCUCCUCCACUCCCGAGAUCUUGGCACAGCUCGUGCACCCUUGAUGGGAGCAAAUUGAUUGUCUCUGGAGGGUGUGCUGAUUCAGGGGUCCUCCUCAGUGACACCUUCCUUCUCGACCUGUCGAUGGAGAAGCCCGUGUGGCGUGAGAUCCCCGCUGCAUGGACCCCACCUUCUCGAUUAGGUCACACACUGACGGUCUACGGUGGGAGGAAGAUACUUAUGUUUGGUGGGCUGGCUAAGAGCGGUCCCCUAAGGUUCCGAUCUAGCGAUGUGUUCACAAUGGACCUGAGCGAGGAGGAGCCUGGCUGGAGAUGCGUGACAGGGAGUGGGAUGCCUGGGGCGGGGAACCCUGCUGGGGUGGCCCCGCCACCCAGGCUUGAUCAUGUGGCUGUCAGCCUUCCAGGUGGCAGGAUACUCAUAUUUGGAGGGUCUGUGGCGGGCCUCCACUCCGCCUCCCAACUCUACCUUCUUGACCCCACCGAUGAGAAGCCUACUUGGAGGAUAUUGAAUGUCCCGGGGAGGCCCCCCAGGUUCGCUUGGGGUCACAGUACCUGUGUUGUCGGGGGAACGAGGGCAAUCGUAUUAGGUGGUCAGACGGGCGAGGAUUGGAUGCUCGGCGAGCUUCACGAGCUUUCCUUGGCGAGUUCCUUGAUCUGAAUCGGGGUACAGGAGAAUGCAGAUAGCUGAAACAAGAAGUUCGCCCAUCGAGUCGAAUAAAAGAUACGAAUCUUGGGUUGUACCAAGGAAUGCUGUUUUUGGUUGCCAAGACAACUGACGGGGAAGAAGCUCGGUCUCAGCAUUACUACUAGUGGGAUGGGAAUGAUAUGUAUUGAGAGGAUCGUGGGAUGAACUAUUAUUUAUAAUGACUGACUUGAACCAGUGUUCUUUCUAUUUGUUGUUUUCACCAGGUUUGCAUGAGGUUCUGCUCGGUCAGAGUGCGCAAAUCAUCAUCGUGUUCAUCAUGGUUAUGAUCGUCAGCAUAAUCUUUGUUAGGUUAUUACGACAGGUAGCUAUUAUAUCAGAGUUAUAUGUAGGUAUAGUAGUGCUACUAUGAAGACAGGUUAUGUCUCUUCUUCUUCCUCUUCUUUUACCCCUCUUCUUGAGCACAUUUCUAAUAUAUGCUUAAUGUAAGUUCCUUCCUGGUCCAAACCUUUUCGUCUGUAAUUCAAACCCCACAAGUAAAGAAAUCCAGAAAAAAAUGUUUGAUCA